AUGUUCUCAAAGCGGAGAUACAAUCGUAAAAAAGGAACUCGGCGACAUGUUCGACGGCCGUCCAAAAAGAACAGAAUUCUACGACCUCCAACGGUGAUCAAUACAGUGGAGAAGCCCACUUUUGACGCCAGCGGCUGCCUGGUCUAUCUGUGGCAAUACAUUGCUCCUAAAAUAGCUGCUAGCUCCUCUGUUGGUCUCAAUAAUGUGACUUCUCUCCGUCAAUUGUGUGCUUAUCAAGUAGCUCUAAAUGCGGAAGCAUUAUCUUCAGAAUAUCUACAACUGGCACCGUGGUCUUGCUGGGAACACGUGUGGAAAAACAUUUUGGCUAUGGGAAAGGAUUCUCCGGAUAUUUUUCGAAUGUUUGCAAAGGAAUUCGGCAAACAACCAUCGUUCUGGUGUCAUGAAAUGACAUUAGGACUUAACCACUUGGAUGCCGAUCCUCGGGCGCAGGCGCUCGAAUGGGCAUUAAUUCCUGGUUCAAAAAAGCAUCGAAUGGAAAACGUUUUCAGUAAUGUGUCAGUGUCGGAUGUGGUGGCGUUUGUGGCCAAGUUGGACUGUUCGGUGGUGGUCGAGUGUUCUAACGUGGACAACUUCACGGCUCCGCAGUUAAUCUCACUAGCGUGUCUUCCAAAUCUUGUUGCGCUAGACUUGUCUGGUAACAACUUGGUGGAUGACCAGUUUCUCUAUACUUUGAGGCUGUGCCUUACGAGCAAGGAUUUGAAGUUGAAGAUUCUUCGGAUAAGUUCGUGUGAGAAUGUUACCAAACGUGGGGUUGCCAGUUUGCUUGCUGCCGACAUUUUGUCGCCGCUUUGUUAUGUCGAAUCAGACAUUAACAUGAUCACCACGUCAACUUUUGUGCAGAAGUUUCUGGAUACUCCAGCAAUUGCUGACCAUGAUCCUGUUCCAAAUACAAAAUGGAAACUUUUGAACGAAGCUGUUCAAACAACACUGCAAGUGGCCCACUACUCGCUUCCUUACAAAUUGCAGUAUUUACUGAGAAAUAGUGACUUGGUGGAUAUUCCGUCCAUGAUCUGGGAUAUUAAGUUUUUCUCGGAAACUAUUGACAUCCUAAAUUCAAAAAGUGCAGCUGAAAGCUACCAAGAAUCAUGGGCAAAACGUUUGAGGUCGGCCAAAAUGAGAUCAGCAUAUGUCCCAUAUUGCUACUUGAAAGAUCCCGACCAAGUCAUUGUGCCUGAAGUGAAAUCGAAACCACCAGUGGAACGGAUUUUGCCAUUUUCGAGACAGGGUACGAAAGAUACGAGGGCAUCAAAACCAACCAUCAGAAAACCCAAAGCGAUCAAGAUAGACGCAAAAAGUUUCUUUGGGAUGUAG